AUGGAGUGGCCAGACCGACUCGCUGGCUCGUCUGUCGGCUCAGCAUCACAACCAGUUCCUAGGAACUUGCCCGAGAACCAUAUAUCUGGGAGACGCCCCGUCCCGAAUUCGGCUGCCACCUCGAACGGCCCGCCGCCGCCUCCUCCCCCCAUUCCUAACCUGCGUGGUGUUCCCUCUAGCUCGUCCCUCUCCACCGCCGGCAUGUCGUCUGCCCAGGUCAUCAACCUCGCGCGCGAGGCCAUGCGGAACGCCCUCGAGAGUGAGAACAAAGCUGCUGAGGCCAGCGCCGUCGGCACAGGGCUCAAGACCGGAGUCACCAUUGAUCUUAGCCGAAAAGGCAUACAAAAACUGCCCGAGGAGGUAGUCGAUAUUGUCAAGGGUGAAUUGGAACGACUAGCAUUGUCACAUAAUCAGCUCUCAUCACUGCCAGCCCGAUUUUCCGAAUGCACCUCACUGCGAUACCUCAACAUCAGGGGCAACCAGAUCAAGGAGUUCCCCAUGCCUCUUUGCGAUCUGAAGUCUCUAGAGAUCCUCGAUCUCGGUCGCAAUCAGCUUCGAGUCCUUCCUCCCGACAUUGCCAGACUUUCGUCUUUGAAAGUCCUAUCCGUUCCUAAGAACCAGAUUCGAGAACUCCCUCUCUGUCUUGCCGACAUGGGCUCCCUCCAAGUGAUCAAGUUUGAAGGAAAUCCCAUUAGCUUUCCACCUCGAGACGCGAUACAAGUGCAAGCCCCGAGCCCACCGAACGAGGGUCUUCUAAGGGAUAGCGAGGUGACAGAAGUCGCAGUGACUGCACAUAUCAAAAAGUUCUUGAAACAACAUGCACUCAAUGGCCGACUCGAGGCUGAGAACACGGGAGACGAGUCGAGCGAAGGGGCCGAGACUCCCCGCUUCCCGCUAAAGAGGGUUGCCAGUGGGCGAUUCCCGAUCAAGGUGAAUGGCACCGAUUUGUCAGACAUUCGAUCGCCCAACAUUGGCUCGCGCCCACCGCCGAUCCCCUCAAGAUCACAUUAUCGAGGCCUUUCGCAGCAAAGCACCGCUAUUCGACGACCUGGCGUCAUGCCCCUCACAAUCGGAAACGUCAACGAGCGAGUCCGCAGUAACUCUGAGAGUUUGUUGCGAGCGGACCGGUCGGAGAGCCGCAGCAGACGUAUGGGGAUUGUUUCGAGAAAGCCAUCGGAUCUGGGCACUCUUGAUGAGAUGCAGGUCAACAAUCGCUUCAGCCAUUACCGUGGCCUAAGUCAUGGCUCGGCCAUGCAGGGAACACCGAUAGGAACCAAGAGUCCGGCGACUCCAACGGAACCAUAUCUUCAGCGCCCGAUCUACGUGAGACGGCUUUCUGUGUUGCCUGAACGACGCCGAGAGUCAAAGGUGUAUGAUCCAGUUGUUGAAGCAGCAAAAGGGAUUCUGUAUUCGAUAUUUCAGAUCCACCCCAUGAUUCAGAUGUUGAUGAGCCUCACAAGCGACGGAUCUGCCAAGCGAUCGAGCCUUGAGAUUGUCUUUUACAACACAAACUCGCACGUGGAAGAGCUAGAACAGGAGAUUCAGAAGCAUGAAAACGCCUUGGCCGACACUGACGACCUCGCGCACCGGGAAAACGAGAAUGUCCACCGAGCUUGUCAUACACUCGUCAGCGCGUAUGGGCAUGUGUGUACGCUUCUGGUCGACAACAUCGAUACGUUUGUCAACAAUGGAGAUGCGCGCUAUAUCCGGUCUCUCUUGAUGUUGCUGUACAACAGUAUCAUGGAACUUCGGGUAACACUUGCGUCUCUGAGCGCUGAAGAAGGCCCUCAGCAAAUCGCACCCGAGGGAGACUCGACCAGCAGCCGCACCAUCAGACCGCACGUCCGAGAGCCAUCGAUUACUCCAACAGUUGAGAGACCUACAGGAGCCCGCAACCGGAAUGGCACUCUGGUGCACCAUCCGAUCAAUCUUCGUGUUGCUACUGACGUCCCAGUGCGUCUCUCAGCAACAUAUGUUAACGGCAAUGGACGGACUGCUACAAUCACCUCGGCCACUCCGCGAUCUGGAGAGUCGUUCUCUUCGAUAGGCAGCCGAGGUAUAUCUUCCGAGUUUACCGAGGAGGACCGACAAUUCGAAAAGAUCUUCCUGUCGUUGCAGAAGUCGACAGAUCUUGUUAUGCGGACGCUGCCUAGUUUCCAAGUACAGCUUAUGGGCGGCCUUAGAAACGCGGUGCAUCAGCGUACGCCGGAGAGCAUUAUUCAGCACUGGAAGGGGCUGAUCAGUGGGUGUGGUGUCGUCAUCCAGCAGACGGAGGCGUUGAAGAAGAGACUCUCGCUCAUCAAGUUGAAGGAGCCUGGCGUUCGAACGCAGGCAAGCUUCUGGGGAAUGUGCAGCAACUUCAGCCAUUCUUGGGCGGACAUGAUCGAACAGAUCAAGUAUGGUCCCAACUCGGUACCACUGCCGCCAGACACCAGGGCCCGUCUGCGACCGAUCCAGCAAAGUAUCAAGGAGACAAGCAACAUCAUCUACCAAUCUCCUUGGCACUAUCUGUUCCGACCGAUGGCCAACAACGGGCCCACGUCGUUCCCUGCGCACGGCAUGUCGCCAACCCAGGUCCCGAUUACACCGCAGAGCGCCGCAUUGGGACCUGCAAUGCAGGCAACGGUUCCCACAACACCACAGAACGGAUCAUUCGCAGCGGCGUUCCACGGAAACGUCUUUGACCGAGCCGACGCCCUCAUGGCGAACCCCGGCAUCUCGAUGGGUCGAAACGGAGGAAUGAGCAAGGGGCACAUGGGAUUCAGUUCUCUCUCUUCCAUUUCGUCCAUGUCAUCAGAUGAAGGCAGCAUGCACUCUUCGCCCUCGGUCUUGGGAUCGCACGGGCCCCUCGGGCCAAUGCCGUUGCGGCUCAAUGGAGGUAGAGUUGCCUUUUGA